AGGUGCAGCAGCUGAGUAUCCCAAAUUCUGGAACCACCAGAAAGGCUGGCCUCUCUUCAGCAUGGGAUCUUCGGGACUUUUGAGCCUCCUGGUGCUAUUCAUCCUCUUAGCGAAUGUCCAAGGACCUGGUCUGACUGAUUGGUUAUUUCCCAGGAGAUGUCCCACAAUCAGAGAAGAUGAAUUCAGAGAAAGGGAUGUGUGUACAAGGCACAGACAAUGCCUGGACAAAAAGAAGUGCUGUGUCUUCAGCUGUAAUAACAACUGUUUAUUUCUGGAGUGGGCACACUGAGUUUUCAACUCUGGAGUCUUUCUGCAGAUGUAUGUGAAAUGCCAAAUGAAACUGGCCCCUGCCUGGCUUUUUUUAUUCGGUGGUGGUAUGACAAGAAAAAUAAUACUUGCUCCACAUUUGUCUAUGGUGGCUGCCAGGGAAACAAUAACAACUUCCAAUCCGAAGCCAACUGCCUGAACACCUGCAAGAAUAAACGCUUUCCCUGAUUGGAUAAGGAUGGGCUGGAAGAACUACCAGAGUGUGGCUCAUGCUCUGAGGACUGUUCGUGUACUUGACUGAUGCUCCAGAUUGACUUCCAGUUUCACUCGCAGCAUCCCAAGAUCUUAGCCCUUCGCCAAACAGAACGCUUGCAUCUCCCUCCUUUUCCUUCAUCUUUGGCUCUUUUGAUGCACAAUAUCCUUCCGUUUUGAUUUCAUCUUUAUGUCCCCUUUAUCUCCAACUUCUAGAGCUCCCAGUUGAUACCUGUGUCACUCUCAAUUGUUUCCAAUAAAGAACAUGAUGUAAUCCUGUGCCU